CCCGUGUACAACAGCGGCUUCCCGCACGUCCGGCGGCUGUACGCGCUCGUGUCCGAGACCCUCCGCUACGCCUCGGUGCUGGAGAAGCUGCUGGAUGGAGCCGCGCUGCUGCAGGCCGAGAAGAAGCUGGCGCCGCAGCUGGCCAAGGUCCUGGUGUAUGACCUGCUCUUCGGCAAGGGGCUGAAGUGCGGGGGCCGGUGGAAGGCGCUGGCCCGGCGGCACCGGGCGCGGCUGGAGGCCGAGCUGGCCCGCAUGAAAGUGCGGCACAGGGUGAGCCGCAACGAGGACCUGCUGGCCCCAGAGAAGGCGGUAAGCGCCGCAGCCUCCCAGGUCCCGCGUUACGUCCGGGUCAACACCCUGAAGACUUGUGUGGACGAUGUGAUCGACUUCUUCAAGCGCCAGGGAUAUGCCUACCUGGGCAAGGCAGCCAGCGUGGAGGAGCUGAAGGCCCUCUCUGGAAAAAAAUUCUUGUUGGAUCUGCAUCUCCCGGAGCUGUUGGUUUUCCCUUCGCAGACAGAUCUCCAUGACAACCUGCUGUAUACUUCAGGACACAUAAUUCUGCAGGACAAGGCCAGCUGCCUCCCUGCCUUCCUCCUCGGCCCUGUUGCCGGCUCCCACGUCAUCGAUGCCUGCGCUGCCCCUGGAAACAAGACAAGCCACCUGGCUGCCAUCCUGAAGAACAAGGGACAGAUCUUUGCCUUUGAUGUGGACCCCAAGCGCGUGGCCACCAUGAACACGCUGCUGACACGGGCAGGGGUCACUGGCUGCCAGCUGGCCCAGCAGGACUUCCUGACCGUGGACCCCAGAGACCCCAAAUACAGCAGAGUGACCCACAUCCUUCUCGACCCAUCCUGCAGCGGCUCAGGGAUGGUGACCCGGGGGCCAGGGGAGGAGGCAGCCUCCAGUGCUGAGCGCUUGCAGGCCCUGGCUGGCUUCCAGCGUCGGGUCCUCAGCCAUGCCCUGAGCUUUCCAGCUCUCCAGCGCCUGGUCUACUCCACCUGCUCCCUGCACCAGGAGGAGAACGAGGAUGUGGUGCAGGCUGUGCUGCAGGAGUGGGGCUCAGCCUUCAGGCUGGUGCCUGCCUUCCCAUCCUGGCCCUGCCGAGGACUCACUGCCUUCUCUGGAUCAGAGAACUGCCUGCGUGCUUCCCCUGCAGAGACCCUCACCCACGGCUUCUUCGUGGCUGUGCUGGAGCGGUGCAAGGAAGGGGCUGCUGCCCCCAGCUCCCUGUCUGCAGCAGCCAAGGAGAACCCACAGCCAGGAGAGGGAAUGGAGCCAGGUGCUGCUCCCAAAAAGAGGAAGAAGAAGAAGCAGCGGGUGAAAUAGUGAAACGUUCUUUGGACAAACCCCUGCACAGCUGGGCCUUGUGGGGAACACAUACUGGUCCAAACACGAGUCAAGCUCUGUGCCAACUGCUGUCAUAGUGAGAAUUCUGUAACACUGGGGACUGAGUGCCGACACUGGGACCACCCUGGUGCCGGGAAGGGGCAACUCCUCACCCAGGGCUGCCCCUUGCAGCCAGCCCCUGCCCCAGGUUUGCCCCCAAGGCAGUCCCCACUCUGCACCCUGAAGGGCUGAGGUCCUCCAGUUGGAUUAAGGGUGGUUUAUCGUGUUCCCCCCAAAAAAAUUCCAACCCCCAGCCUGACGUGGAGCUUUGAAAAAGCAUUUCACUGUAGGGAUGAAGCAGAUUAAAAGUUUCUUCACUGUCUUUUCCAGAGUGUUUGUGCAGUCCUGCCCUGAAAUUGUCACUGCUCACAGUAGAGGCAAAGUGGGGGAAAAAGGUGAAAUAAUAAUCCUGUCUCUGCACCUCCCUCUGAACUAGGGGAGCAAAGAUACAUGAGUCAGAGGGUGCUGCACCUGAACCCCACCAGCACCACCCUGCCCUGGGAAUCCCAGCCCCAGGAAUCACACACUGGCACAGCCAAGUGAACACAGUCAUUUUAUUUUAAACCAGGGACAUAAGAAGCAAGGAAACAAAAAUUGCACAUUCACACUAAAAUCCUCAUCAGCCACACCAGGAAUGAUCCAAGUCUUCAGUCAGUUAAAACCUAGCCUCCCCCCAGGCACAAGGGGCGCUCCCAGCAGGGUCUGUGUGGCAGAAAAGGGACAGCCUGGCUCCUCACAAGUGUGUAGGACUAUGUAGGGCAGCUACCUGGGGGGCAGGACCCAGAGCCAGGGUGCCCUCAACCUUGUCCCAGCUCAUCCCUAUCUUGCCAGAUCUAACCUGGCCAAACCCUGGCACCUUGAGGAUGGUGAGUGGGAGCUCUCCUGGCCCAGGACCCUAACUGGGGCAGAGGCAAGGACUCAUAGGGUAAGUCUUGGCAGGCAUUAUUAGCCCCUUCCCAUCUGCUUCCUCCAACCUCAAGGACACAUUUUCCCAGCCUGGCUGCUCUUGGCCUACUGCAUCCUCAGCCAUGGUGGUGUGUGAUGGCCAGAAUAUUCCCACCAGCACCUACAGGUCCUCUAUGUCCCCUUACUAUGGGACUGUGUCUCCUCUGUACCACACAGAGCUCAUCACCUUUCUGCUGGGAGAGACGCCUUGACCCUGGCACUCAGCACCAUAAUGUGAGAGCUCCUGCUCCUCACCCUCAGAGAAAUAAUUAAAAAACUUUAAAAAUCAAAAAAAGGUUUAGUCACAUCCACAUCCACAUCACAUUGAAAAGGGAGGGGAUGGUGUACAGCAGGGGGAGCGUGGCAGAGCCUGCAGGAUGCAGCUGCCUUUCCCAGCACAAUGCAUUCCCGCAGGCACAGCCGGGGGG